AUGUAAUUUGAAAGAGAAAGAUUCAACUUGAUAAAAAUUAAAAUUUUAAAUCAAAAAUCUACCAAGAUUUGUAAAAUGAAUGAAAAUAAUUAAUUAUCUAACAAAGCAAUUUCGCAAGAGUCAACAAUAAAUCAUUCUCAUUCUUAAGAAGAAACAUAGCUAGAAAGGGAAACCUAAUUCUAGCUAAGAUUCAAAAAUUAAUCUAAAUUGACAAAUCAGAGAUCUCAAUCUCAAGUAGAAAAAAGCUCAAUAAAGAUUUCAAAUAAUAGUUAUCUUAUGACAAACACAUCAGGAGAAAUUAUAAGCUAAAAUUAAACUAAUAGUAAAUCUCAAAUGAGAUAAAAAGAUUUGUAGACAGAAUACAAUUCUAAUAAAUAGAAUGUGUCUUAAGACUAAGUGAAUCUAAACGACUCAUGCUUAGUUGAAUAAUAAAUGCAAGACACUAGAUAAAAGCUCAUUUCUUAGAAUAAGAAACUAAAAUAAUAGCUGAAGGAUUUUGCAAAUGUGAUGCUUAAUAUCAUCUAAAAAGAUAAGGACUACAAGACUAAACCAAAAAAGUAAUAAAAAGAUUUAGAACCAGCUGAGUUACUACAAAUAAAGAAAUAGAGAGCUAGAUAGCAUCAAUUAUAAAUAAAUGAAAUGAAGACCAACAUUCAACAUUUAAGAAAGAUACUUGAGACUUCUUAUGAUCUGAAUAAGAUAUUAGAAAAAGAAGAAGAACUGAAAUAAGUUAAAAAAGAAUUUAACGGAUUAGUUGAAGAAAAGGAAUAAUUAUUAAAGCAAAGGCAAAUUGAAUAAAGUAAAAAUGUUAAAUAUUAUCAAAGCGAAGAAGAAUACGAAAAGUAAAUGAAGGUUUUAAAGGAGUAGUUGAAAAAAAUUAAGGAAGAAAACAAGGAAAUUGCAGAAAAAAUAUAAAUCAAAGAGAGAAGCAUUAAAAAAUUAUAAGACAAUAUUUAGUUUAAAGAAGAUAAGAUCAAAGAUAUGCAAAAUAAAAUCAAAGAAAGAAACAAAAUAUUAGAAAAUAGCUAAGAAAAUGAAGUAUCGGACGAAGUUAUUGCAGACCUUUAAAAUAAAAUUAAAGAGCUUGAAGCUGAAAAGAAGAGAAAUGACUAAAAGUUCUAAGAAGAACUUAGUAAUUUGCAUAAAGAGAAAAUAGACUUUUAGUAAUAGUAUGAAAAGAAGUUAUAACAGUCUAAAGAGAAAGAAAGAUAAUUAAAGCUGAGUUAAAUAAAACUGAAAGAAAUAGCAAGACUAAUCAAGUCAAACUAAAAUCAUAUGUUAAGUAAUACAAAAAAAACAUAAAAUUAAAUUGAAGAGUAAAAGCAGGAGAAAGCUUACUUAGAAAAAAUGAUUUAGCUGAGGACAGAGUAGAUAAAUAAAUUAAAAUAAGAAUUCGAUGAGUAUGGGGGAGAUGAUGAGGCUGAAAAAUCAUCACCUUAAUGA